GGUCUUGUCAAUUUUAUUCAACAUUACCUAAUUGUUUUAAAUAAUGCAUAAACGUGUUAUAGACAUAUGAUAAAGAAAGAAAAAAAGAAAAAGAUAAAAGAACAACAAGAGGUAAAGAGUACUCGUUAAAAAGAAUACUAAAAGAAAACCUAAAGUGAUUAAUAAUCAGAAUAUAAACAAAAUAAGUAUUAUAAUGAAUCAGAGAUCAAGGUACGUGUUUCUAUUGCAGAGUGAAUGUUCGAUGUGGAACUAAAUGGAUUUGUGAUAAAUUAAGCGAUUAUAACUGCUCUCUACUAAUUUUUCUAUAAAUAGACUGAUUGUGUCUACAGAAAUAUACACUCUGAUGCAUAUUUGCAAUCAUGGAAGUAGAAGUAACAGAUGGGUUAUGCAGGAUUCAAUCUGUAGAUCGUGCUAGAAAGAUACCAAGUUUAAAUUACUUGUUUGACAAAUCUACUAAAGUUUAUGAUCGUAUGAAAGGAGCUAAUACAUUUGUUAAUUGGGCAUUUGAUAUGAUGGAAAAUGUUGUAAAUACUGUUAUUGAGAAAUCAUUACCGGUCGCUAGAUUAAUGGAAAAGCCUAUUUAUACUUUGGAUAAAACUUUGUGUCAGGGUUUAGAUUUUAUGGAAGUUAAACUGCCUAUAAUCAAAGAAGAGCCUAAAGAGAUAUUAGAUAAGACCAAAUCGAUAGUCACAAAUCAUCUACGACCAGCUGUAAAAACAUUUUCCAAUCUUAAACACGAAACAAAACAAAAAGUUAGAAUCAUGAUUUUACUUACUUAUUAUAAGAUGCAUUACUUACGUUUAUAUAGUUGGCAACAAGCAGACAGAGUCAUGUCCACUGAAACGGGAAUCAGUAUUCUAAAAACUGUGGAUAAUACGACACAUCUGGUAGAAUUAAUAUUAGAUAAGUACUUACCUGCAUCACAUGAAGAAAUUGAAGAGGACGCAGAAGAAUUAUGCAGUGAACAUGCCAAGUUACAUCAUACGAUGGAAAGACUUACCGAAUUUGGUAGUCGUACUAUUCGUCGUAUUUAUCUUGCUUUAGUGGAACAUUCUCAACACAUGUAUAAAAUAGAGAUACUUAUAUUAAUAUUGUACGCUCUUAUUGUAAUUCAAACUAUGAAAGUGUUGGAAAUACUAUUUACUUUCGUAUUCAAAUUGUUUAGCAGUUAUGUAUACUUCUUUUUUCUAGGAUUUUUGCACAUUUUACAGUGGACUUAUUCGUAAUUUAAACAAAAUCAUUUAUAUCAUAUAUAUAAUUCUAAGUAUCUUGUGUAAAGGCAUAUUUUACAUAGUCGACAAAAAUUUAAAUUGUGUCAAAUGAAAGAGCGCAAUUGAUUAUAGUUCUGCAAAUUAUUGUUUAUAUAUUUUGUUAAGAUGUUAUUUUCUUUUUAUUAUUAUAUGUUAUUAUUGAUAUGGUUAUAUUUUUAUAGUACUUAUCAUUUGUACGUUUUCUUUAAACAAAUGAAAGAAAAAUGUUUAUCACAGUUUCAUAAUUAAUUUAUUUUUUUAUAGACUAUAAUAGAAAAAAAAUAAAGCUUGAAAUAUAAUUGUAUUUUUAUCAAAAAGAAGAAAUCUCCGUUGUUAACUAGUUAACUAUGAUGAAAAAUGAAACGACGAGUAUGUAUAUCCGUUAUAAUAUCGAAUUAAGUUGCAAUCAAAUGACUGUCUUAUUUUUGUAUAAAAUUUAUUUAUUCAUUUAAUUUAAAUAUAUACUUUGCAUAUGAAUGAAAAAAAUAAAAAAAAUCAAUUACUGAGAAAAA